CGUUACAAUUCAAUAACUCCAAAUCAUCUCGCACCUGACGAAAAAAAAAACUGCUAACACCAGCGCGUACUCAUUUCUAUUAUUCGGCGCAGUGUAAGGAAAGUAUAACAUAGCCGUUGGAAAGUCGUCAAAAAUGUCAUUCAUCUGCAAAAGAUGAGCGAACGGCUCGUUGCUCAAAAGGUAAGAAAAAAAAAGCGAAGAAGAAGAAGAAGAAGAAGAAGGAGGAGGAACGCUGCGGUCAGCUAAACAGAAGUAACGAGGUCAGAAGUGUUCUCGAUCGAGGUGUACAAAGUGCAGGCAUAAUCGAAAAGGAAAAUAAAAUAAUGAUAAUUCGAGCGAAAGAGAGAGACGGCAGUGUCGAAAGAGUCGCGUUCCCUCUCCGCGCGUCGAAGCUCGACGUUGAUGCGGAACGUGUGUGGGGAUAAACCCCACUGUGGCAGGCUUUUGGCCCGGUUAGCCGCCUACCACGGCAGCCACGGCCUGGACCAAAGUUAUAAAGCACACCUGACGCGCGAACCAGCCGCUGGCACUUGGUAGUCCGACGCGCUCGGUGCCGCCUCGCACGCAACUCAGUCGAUCUUAGUCCGCGGGCCAUGCGAGUCGCUGCUCACCCGUGCCCUUUCCUAUCUUAACUCUUCUUCUUCUUCUUCUUCCUUCUCCUCCUCCUCCUCCUCCUCCUCCUCCUUCUCGUCGUUCUCGUCCCGAGCCGAGGUCGUGCGCGAACGCGAGUGUCCAAGUGCGACCGACUCAUCUCCGUUUUUCGCGCGCGCGCGCGCUCACCGCGAGACAACAGGACUUGCUUUCGUCCAUAAGGCAAUGGCGGGCCUCAUCGACUCCACGGCCGCUUUCAUCAACGACGCCUACGACUAUUACCUGUGGACGCUGUCGUUGGCCGACGAGCGAACGAGAGGAUGGCUGCUGGUCGACUCGCCGCGGCCCACGCUGCUCUACACCGCUCUCUACCUGUUCAUCGUGUGGUCGGGCCCGAAGCUGAUGAGGCACCGCAAGGCGUUCAAGCUGACCUGGGCGCUGGUGCCCUACAACCUGGCCAUGGCUGCCCUCAACCUCUACAUCGCCGUCGAGCUGUUCGUGGCGUCGACGAAGCUGCGCUACAGCUACGUCUGCCAGCCGAUCAGGCACAUCACGAGGCCGGAGGAGUUGCAGAUCGCCAACGCCGUCUGGUGGUACUACUUCAGCAAGCUGCUCGAGUUCUGCGACACCUUCUUCUUCAUCCUGCGCAAGAAGGAGAACCAGCUGAGCUUCCUGCACGUCUAUCACCACUCGACCAUGUUCUCGCUCUGGUGGAUCGGAAUCAAGUGGGUGCCGAGCGGCUCCACGUUCCUGCCAGCCAUGGUCAACAGCUUCAUCCACGUGCUGAUGUACACCUACUACGGCCUGGCGGCCUUGGGCCCGACCGUGGCCAGAUAUCUCUGGUGGAAGAAGUACUUGACGAUACUGCAGCUCAUCCAGUUCACCACCGCGCUCGUCCUCGGCAUCAACGGCAUCAAGAACGGCUGCGACUUUCCACUCUGGAUGCAGUAUGCCCUUGUCAUCUACAUGCUCUCCUUCAUCGUCCUCUUCGGGAACUUCUAUGCCAAAGCCUACAUUGCUAAGGACAAGAAGCCCGGAGACGAUCAAGGUAAACAGGCGUACGCAGCCAAGCAACUGCAGAAGCAGCAGGCGAGGCAGGCGAGACUGCUCAACGGCAAGCAGCCCAACGGCAACUUGGCCAACGGUCUGGCCAACGGCCACACGAACGGCGCCACGAAGAAGGUGCAGUGAUCGGCUCUCGCGCGCCGACGGAUCUUACAACUCGCGCAGCGUCGGAGGCCCGACCUUCGCACGCGACGUCUCUGUAAUAGCGUUUACAUGAUAAUUAUUCGCAGGAAGCUCAAUGCGGGGGAGGGGGGAUAUAUGUCAUAUACACGAUUACGAUAUAAACAUGUAUGAACGACGUUACGCGCGUGCUGCUGCCGAGGGCGAAGUGCAAAUCUUUGCGACGACGCUGCGUGAUUCCAGCGCUCCGGAGCGUGCUCUCGUUUCUCUUCAACGACACUUAUCCGCGCUCAAUCAAAAUGCCGGACCAGAGAUUUGUACUUGCCAAUGUUACUUUGCAAACCGGGGGUCAUGACGUUGCAAGCCGAUUCUACUACCUUUAUUUAUAAAUUAUUGCAUUAUUGUUCUAUAAGUUUACGAGGAGUGAGCAACAACGACAGCAGCAAAAGGACACUGGGUGGGUACAUUGCUUCUCUUUUGCCGAACAAAGCGCUGUUCUGAUUUCGAGUUGUUUGUCCGCAAGAGAACGCGAUGAUUUGACGUUGUCUUGGGCGGCCACUCGCAUUGUAAUUUCACGCGGUUUUCGCCGAGAAAGUUUUUAAUUUUUCUACAUGCUACGUAACUUCCACUUGAGUACGUAUUAGCAGUAUAUAUAUAUACACACACAUACGUACGUACGCAGUAUGCAUAAGUAAAAUAUAUGUGCAUAUACAUAUAUACAUUCGUUCGCUAGAUUUUAUACAUACGACGUACAAAAUUUGAUAAGUUCAUUUUUAACCGACAAACGAUUGUUAUUGAUUCUUGUUUGAUGUUUUUAAACAGUACGAGAAACCGAUUAUAUUGUAUACAGCGUGCAAUUGAUUUCACAACGUUAUAUACAUACAUACAAACACACUCGCACACAUUUACAAUGAAAAAAGAAAAACUUAGCGAAAUUAACUAGAGCUGCUAUGACAAAAGUGUGUGAUAGGGAUACAUUCAGGUUAGCGUGACGUAUAUAUGUGUUGACAGAGCGAAAGUUAUGAACACAAAUUAAUAAUAAUUGUGCAUCGCGAGAUACAAUCUGCCAUUUAUUUUCAAACGUACGCGCAAAGCAAACAAAAAGGAAAAAUCAAAUGGUGAGAGGAGAAAUGAAGAAAUUUUCGCACACACACGGUUGCGAUUGACAAAGAAUGUUUAUUGAACCAAUAGAAUUGAUUUUAGGUAGAGGAAGAGUAAACUGCGGUCAAUUAAAUUCAAUUGAAAUGCGCCUUGCACGUGCGUGCACACACGAUGCACUUUACAGACGGUGUAGUUCUUCUGGUGUCGAUCUUAUAGUCAUCCAUCGUUUUCGGUCUCUGCGAGUCAAGUUUUUGUCAUUCCAUUAGUUUCCGUUUGUUUCUAUUACUUCUUUUUCCUCUGAGUCGUGGGUAAUUCAAGUACUAUCGGUACGUUAUUCGAUAUCACAAUGUAAUGAAUAUGACUAUCAAUUGUUAUAAAAUGUCAUU